AUGGGCCAACGGCUGAAAGUUUCUCAGUCGUGCAUUGAUACAGCGACUGUCUACAUGCAUAGGUUUUAUGCAUACCACCCGCAAUCUGAAUUUGAAAAGUGUUCGGUUGCGUGUGCCGUUUUGUUCCUGGCUGCAAAAAUUAAGGGAACAGCUGUAAGCCCUGAGAUGGUGAUAAAAACUAUGCGCCAGUGCUUGAAUAAAAAUUUGAGGCAGGUUGAUAUUUAUUCGGAAGACUUCAGGAAAAAAGUUAGUAAAUUAAUUACCGACGAAUUAAUUUUACAAGCGACUCUGGGGUCCGUGACCGAAAUUAAAACUCCGCAUAGAUAUGUGUUUGCGUUCUGCCAGAAGUUGAACGUGAGCAAGGAAUUUUUACGCCUUGCUGACAAGAUAGCGACGCAUUGUCUUCAAUUAACAUCAAUGUGUUUGAGGUUCACACCUAAAGACAUUGCUGUUUUUUGUGUUCAUCUGACGAAUAAGUGGUCCCAAUUCAAGAUCCAAAAUACCAUCGAUGGAAGAUUCAGUUGCGAGUGCCGUUUUGUUCCUGGCUGCAAAAAUUAA